AUGGAAAAUACUCAUUUAAGCAGCCAUAAUGAUGAGAAUAUGUACGGCAAUAGCAGCGAUGAUGUGCUAUGUGAUAAGGAUGAACAUCACUUCAAAGAUGACACAACCUCAUCGAUCCAAUACCAGAGUUCACCAUCAAAUCAUAGCACUUCGUCAUCGCCUUUUUUCUCGUUUCCGUUCUUGAAACGGCGACAAAGUUAUACGAUUAAUCCACCGGAUGAUACGUACAACGUCACUUACCUUGGAAAUGUUCUUACGGUCAUGGCUAAAGGUUCUUUUUCAGUUGUUUUUACGUUUUUCAUAUUUUGUUCCUUUCAUCAUUCAUAUGUAUUGUGUAAGUUAUUUUGGAAGUAUUCUUCAUGUAUCACCACAUUGAAAAGUGCAAAAAGUUGUUUUAAAAGUCAAAGAAUCUCGAUUCUUUGUCAUUAUCGAUACAAUUCACUCUCGUUCAUUUAA